AUGAAGCCAACCAAGUACAAUCUGUUGAUCGACCUCAACGGAACGUGUCACAUUGGGGAUAAGCCCACUCAAGGAGCCAUCGAAGCAGUAAAGAAGCUUCGAGCUGCUCAGCAAACGCAGCAAGGUCGUCUCAACAUCCGCUUCUGCAGCAACACGAGCAAGGAAUCGUCAGAGUCGCUUCUGGCGCGUCUGCGUCGAGUCGGUUUGAGCGCGGAUCUGGUAUCGGCCCACGACGUUUUCACCAGUCUCGAUGCCGCCCGGCGAUAUGUGUCGAGUCGAAAGCUACGGCCUCUGCUCCUGCUGUCAUCGUCCGCUCAAAGUGUCUUUCAGGACGACGAAGACCUUGCAAGAGCAUGCUUCUUUGCGCAACCAGAGCUGAAUCUAGGUACACUCAGCCCCGAGGACCGAUCUCGGUUGCGGUCGUGCGACGCUGUCGUCAUCGGUCUGUGCCCAGAGCUCAUGACACAGAGGUGGCUCGACGAGGCCUUUCGCUUGCUGUCCGGGGAGUACGGUGCACCCGAGCAAGUAUCAUUGAUUGCCACACAUCGCGCGCUCUAUCAUCGUCCAAGCGAGGGCGCUGCGCUAUCUCUGGGGCCUGGUGCGUUCGUGGCUGCCCUUGAAGCUGCUUCGCAUCGGACGAGUAGCUCAACUGUGGUAUGCGGCAAACCGAGCCCAGCAUUCUUGGAGGAGUGCAUUGCAGGCAUGAUCUCAGCCAAUGAACGCAUGAGCGACUUCCACAACAUCAUCAUCGGAGAUGAUCUUGACGCCGACCUGGGUCAAGGCACUUGGCAGCUUGGGCUUCGUCGGAUCUUGGUCCGCACCGGAAAAUUCAGAGACGGCGACGACAGCCGCGGCGAGAAGCCAGCGGAUGAGGUGCACGAUAGUUUCGCGUCUUGGGUGGAUGACUUCAUCUCCAAGGAGUUCAAGUGA